AUGCCCAAUUUGUUUGCGGGAAACAGAAACUCAGUUGCCUUCUAUCUACUUUUCACAUCCACCAAGAAUGUUCAACCUUAUCACAUCUCGGUGCUAACCAUUUGCAUGCAACAGGCUAGAGCAACAACAACCGACAGUUUGGCUUCUGACGACGAUCGAUCUAUUGCAGCAGAUUCAUGGUCAAUCAAGAGCGAGUACAGAAGCACUCUCGACGACGAUCAGCUCCACGCCGACGCAGCCGAGGGUCUCUCUUCCGCCAACUUCCACGUCUCUUCAGAUUACAGUUCUGAUAAGGAGGAGCCAGAUGCAGAUGGAGGACAGUCAAUGCUUGGUCUCCAAAGCUAUUGGGACGCUGCUUACUCUGAUGAGCUCUCUAAUUUUAGGGAGCAUGGGCAUACCGGCGAGGUUUGGUAA